AUGCUUUCAAAAUUGAAAAAUAUCGAUGGUAAACCCAUUCUUUCAAAAAAAUCUAACAAUGAAAAUAUAAACAGAAAACGGUCGAUAGAUAGUGAUGAUGACAAUGAAGAUGAAGUUGAAGUGAGAAUUAAAAAAAGCACCGAAAAAAAAGCUAGGCAAAGAGUUCCAGAAGAUGAAAGUAAAAAAAAUCAUAAUGGUGAUGGAAAGAGAGAAAACCACCGCAGGGAGAAACGAGCAAGGUUAGAUUCCACAUUAAAUCAAGAUGUUAAACUCAUUCUCCCCAAACCAGUAAAUACAAACCCUGCCAGUAUACCGGAGCGGAAAAAAUUUAUCGAACGAAUAGCUCAAAUUCUUGUCAAGAAGAACCCAGACUUGAAGCAACCAAAAGCCCAGGCGAUUGAGAUUGAAUUUGAAAUUGCCCAAAAAUCAACAUUCCGGACAUAUGCUUCAACUCUCCGAAAUGCUGUGUAUAAGCUUCAACAUCCAGAGAAGUUUGAAAAAAAUAAUGAUGCGCAACUAAAGACAAAGGAAGAAGAGCUACGAAUAUUGCGAUCGAUGGUUAUUCCAGUAACAAAAUUAGAGAAAUAUGGAUUUGUCAUGAAAAUACCUCCAAAGGAAGUAAACGAAUCAUUGACCAGAGAAUGCCGUCGAUGUGGUACAGUAUUUAAACUUGAUCAACAAUUGGAACCCACUACUUGUAUUUUCCAUCAUGGAAAAUUACGGCGCCAACCAGGUACUAAAAUAAAGUUUUAUGAUUGUUGUCGAGCACCUGAAGAUGAUAACAAACCGUGCGAUGAGUCCAAACACCAUGUUUUCCAAAUCUCAAAACCAGAGGAAAAACAGGCUGUAUUACCGUACACGUUAACCAAGGAAAUAUUUCAAGAUAAAGCUCAAUAUAAUGUGCUAGGUAUUGAUUGCGAGAUGGGGUUCACGACAAAAGGCUUUGAGCUAAUGCGAAUUACCGCAGUGGACUAUUUCACUGAAAAGACAGUAUUAGAUACAUAUGUGCUUCCUUAUGGCGAGGUUGUUGAUCUCAAUACUAGGUAUUCUGGUAUUUCACAAAUCAAUGCAGAUUUUGUCAGUUACAACCAAGCAUUACAAGAAUUAGGCGCAAUAAUGGAUAAAGAUACGAUCUUGAUCGGACACGGGUUGGAAAACGACAUGAAUGCCAUGAGAUUGAUCCAUGAACAAAUUAUCGAUACAUCGAUAUUGUAUCCGAAAUUUGAAACCAGUCCUACAUUUAGAUGGAGUUUAAAGGAUUUAACAUUUAAGUAUUUGAGUAAAAAUAUACAAAUAGGAGAACACGAUAGUGCAGAGGAUUCGGUCGCGGCAAUACAAAUUGUCAAGUAUCAUGUGAAGAAGGGAAACUCACCCUAA